AACACGCGUAUACGAUAAUCGGGCCAAAGGCGGUGGCGGCGGCCGCGGCGUGCGCGCUCGCGGAUCAAUAUCGGCCCGGUGACGGAUCGCGGCGAGUCGAACGCGCCCGCCGCGUCCGCGGCACAGCUAACGCAGCCGCCGAUAUCGCACCACCACCAGUCACCGCCACCGCCUCUACUACUACUGCUGCUGCCGCUGCCGCCGCUGCUACUGCUGAAACUACGCUGCACACACACGUUAUUAUAAUUAUAUUAUAGUAAAAAUAAUAAUAAUCAUCGCGGUGUACGCAUCACGCAUGCUCGCGAGUCGUGUGGCCCAAGUCCAAAGCAGUGUGGUGGCGGUCCGCGGCGGAAUAAACGAAACAACCAUAACCGAAAACUCGAUUAUAUAAUAAAAUACAAUUAUAACACGCUUCGGUCGAAUUUCCGUCGCGACGUCGACGACGCCCGUUGCAUAUAAUAAUAUUAAUAAUAUUAUAUAGUAUUGUACGUAGGUUGCUCGCUAAAGUGCAGACGGCGACAUUUGGCGCAAAGUUCGGUCCGUCGACUCGGUUUCGCGAAAAAAUAAAUUUAAAUAAAACCCGACCGGGAAAACCGGCCGCCCGCCCGAGAGAGUCCGUCUCGCGCGCGCGUGACGCUAUAGUCGCGGACGCUAUGACGACCGGCGCCGCCGUCGCUACCGCCGCCGCAGCUACCACCUGAUCGCCGCAGACGACGUGGGCCCGCAGCACUAUGACGACGACGAUUCGCCGCGAUUGAAGUGGUCGACCGUCCCGACCUUCCGCUAUUCCCGGAUCCCGUGACGCACACACGACGUCCAAGAUGGCACAUUACAAGCACAAAGUGUUCGAAGAGGAGACGUCAAGCAUGGGCUCGGUUCAUUUGACAGAAGGAGUAACAGCGUCCUCCACACACAUCCGUUUUUAUACAGGCAAACCUAAAAAUAUUUGGUCUCGGUUGAAAAACAGAACGUCGUUGGAAAAAGUUCUCCUUGCCUUAACCCUGCUUAAUGGUGUGAUAUUGCUAUUUAUCAUUAUGUUACCAGUGCAUCAGGAAAAGUGUAGUCCCAACACACACCAAAUUCCAGACAUAUACGAGGAAUCUGAUUCUUUUGUUAGUACCGGACAAGAUUAUUGUAUGAAGGAGACGUGCGUGACAACGGCAGCGUCCAUAAUCAAAAGUAUGGACACAAAAUCUGACCCUUGUCAGGACUUUUACAAAUACGCUUGUGGUCAGUGGAUAAAAGCGAAUCCGGUGCCAGACGGCAGAUCUAUGUGGGGCAUGUUUAAUGAGUUGGAAAUGAACAAUCAACUUAUAGUCAAAAACUCACUAGAAGCAAUUCCUAUGAACACUAGCAGCAAAGCUGAACUCAAAGCCAAAAUGUAUUUUACGGCCUGCAUGGAUCCAAAUAACACAAUCGAAACGUUAGGUGCCAAACCAUUGCUGGACCUUAUUAAAGACAUCGGAGGAUGGAACAUAUCAGGAACAUGGAAUGUAUCUUCGUGGAAGAUACAAAAGACUUUAGAAACGGUUCACAAUCGGUACAACAUGGCCGGACUAUUCUAUUGGAUGGUUGGCGAAGAUGACAGAAAUUCAAGCAGGCACGUAAUUCAAGUUGAUGAAGGUGGAUUGACUUUACCAACUAGAGAUUUUUAUUUGAACGUUACAGCAAACCAAAAAUUAUUAGAUACAUAUUUAGAUUACAUGACAACGAUUGGAACUUUAUUGGGCGGUGAACCAAAUUCUACACGACUUCAAAUGAAAGAAGUUAUUGAAUUUGAAACACGUUUAGCUAAGUUCACAGAACCCGAUGAAGAUAAACGUGAUGAAGAAAAGGCCUAUCAUAUUAUGUCUAUUAGUGAAUUACAGAAUUUAGCCCCAUUCCUUCAAUGGAGUCGCUACUUCAAUGCAGCUUUUCGAUUAGUCGAUAGAAAGAUUACAAUUAAGGAAAACGUCGUGGUAUACUCUCCAUCUUUCAUGGGAAACCUUUCGAAUCUAAUUACCGAGUACAGUAAAACUCCAGAAAAUAAAACGGUAAUUAACAACUAUCUGGUGUGGCAAACUGUCAGGACCGUUACUCCUUAUUUAUCGAAAGUUUUUCGAGACGCGUAUAAAGGACUACGAAAAGCAUUGUUAGGAUCGGAAGGCGGUGAAGAACCAUGGCGGUACUGUAUUAGCGAUACAAACAACGUAUUGGGAUUUGCUUUGGGCGCAUUGUAUGUCCGUGAAGUUUUCCAUGGACAGUCGAAAAAAUUAGCUGAAGAUAUGAUUAAUGAAAUAAGAACAGCAUUUAAGGAUAAUUUCAAAAAUUUGAAAUGGAUGGAUAAAGAAACACUCAUUGAAGCCGAGAAAAAAGCAGAUGCUAUAACAGAUAUGAUUGGUUUUCCGGAUUAUAUAAUGGACUCAAAUCAGUUGGAUGAUAAAUACCAAAAUUUGACUGUACGUUCCGACGAAUACUUUAAUAACAACUUACGUGCUAUUCAAUAUAACUUGAUGCAGUAUUUAUUUAAGCUCGAUCAACCUGUCAAUCGUUCAAAGUGGAGUAUGACCCCUCCAACAGUAAACGCAUAUUACACGCCAACCAAAAAUCAAAUUGUCUUCCCAGCGGGUAUCUUACAGGCACCAUUUUUCGAUCAAAUGCAACAAUCUUCCAUAAACUAUGGCGCUAUGGGUGUAGUCAUGGGACAUGAACUCACCCAUGCAUUUGACGAUGAAGGUCGAGAAUUUGAUCGCUUUGGAAAUUUACACCAGUGGUGGAAUAACAAAACAGUAAACAAAUUUAAAGAAGCGACGGACUGUAUGAUCAAACAGUAUUCCAACUAUAAAGUUAACGGCUAUAAUAUAAAUGGAAAACGCACAUUAGGAGAAAAUAUUGCCGACAACGGUGGACUUAAAGCUGCAUAUCGUGCCUAUGUAAAGUUACUUGAAGAAAAGAAGGCUCAACCAAAUCGUUUGCCUGCUGUCCAUCUUACCACGCAACAAUUGUUUUUCGUCAGUUUUGCACAAGUUUGGUGUUCAUCGAGUACAGAAGAAUCCCUCAAAUUACAAAUGGAAAAAGAUUUGCAUUCACCGUCACAGUAUAGAGUAAAUGGUCCACUAAGUAAUUUUGAAGAAUUUUCAAAAGUAUUUAACUGUCAAAUAGGAACACCUAUGAAUCCAGAAGAAAAAUGUAUUAUAUGGUAAAAUAUUCGAAUGUUGGAAUAUUUGAUUUGGCCUAUAUAACCAAAAAAAAAAAAGUAUAACUUAAUUGAAAGUCAAAUUUAAAAGUUGUAUAAGGCGUAAACAUAUAUUAAUUACCUAAAAACAUUUAUAACUUAAAAUAGAACAUAUUAUGACUAUAUUAUAUUAUUAUAUUAUAUAGUUUUUGACAAGGCUAGGCAUGUAUUAACAAGUUAAAAUUUUUAGGUUAAGACGUUAAGUUAAUUUACAUUUUUGUAUUUAAUGAGCAUAGAAUAUCUUUUUAGAUUUUAAAUUGAACAAUAUUUUACAAUUAUGUAUUUUUUUUAUUUAAUAAGAAAUUAUUUUUAGUAUUGUUUUUAUAAUUUUUACAUGUACUGGUGCGUUCCAAAAACGUUCUGUGACCCAAUCUAUUGAUUAUACAUUUUAUUAAGUUGGUACAAACUUGUUAAGUUGUUGAUUUUAUAAUUAGUUACCCUAAGCGUGAAUAAAAAUGAACGAUGUACAUAGACGUUCAUUACUAUUCACGAAUGCUAAAUGUUCAAUAUCAUUAACAUUUUCAGUCCUAGUCCUUACAAACAUUAUAGAAAUUACCAAAACUGUAUGAGCUUUGUUGAGAGCUUUUGCUCUGAAUGUGAUAACUAGUGGUAACCUUCCCCAGAAACUUUUGACGAGGAAUGUGAAACAAAUAAACGCCUAACUACUUGUUUCGAUGGUCUAAGUUAAAUAACUAUUACAGUGUCAAUAGCAAAAAAAAAAGACUAAUUCUAAAAUUUGCAUUCGUCACAUAUAUUAUAUAGUCUUAAAACACCGCACAUACGUUACAAAUAUAUUUGUAAAUUCGUUAACAGAAACAAAAGUACAACAAUAGAUUAUUCCUAUGCAAUAUGCAUGUUCAAUAUAAACAAAUUGAUCAAGCAUAUAUUUUUAAUAAAACCGUGAUAAAUAUUAACUAAUAAUUUUUAAAAUUACAUUAAACUAGGCGCCACAAAAUAGGUUGGGAGGAUAAGUUAUAUUUAUUAUACAAAUUUAAGUUUGGUUAAGUUUUCUAUAUGUUUCGAUUAUUUAAUUUUCAUCUAGCGUUAAUUUGAAUAUUAAUUAUUAUUUAACUUGCAAACAUUAUUUUAUUCUUUGUAAAAGUGAUAUUCAGUUAAUAAAAUACUUAAGUUUUAACUUUUUUGAAUUACCAAAAAAUACAAAUAAAUUUUAAUUUUAAUAUGUAUAUGAUUGAAUUUUUUGUAUUAACUUAACUUAACGAGUUAAAAAAAAAUAUUUAACUUGCUUAGCCUUGGAUUUAUUAAUAAUUAAAAAUCAUUAAUACAUGUUGUGUUUUUUUUACAUUUUUCAUUAAUUGGUUUUUCUUUGAAGAUUCCCAUGAAUGUUAUUAUUUAUUUUUUUACUAGUAUUAUGUUUAUCUUUUUUUAUUGAUGUUUUUAUUAAUUUAAUAAUAUGUUUUAUUUUAUCUUUAAUAAAUGAAAUAUUAUAUCACCACACGA